CGAACGAGCACGGUAUUGACCCUACAGGAACAUAUCACGGUGAUUCUGACCUACAACUUGAACACAUAAAUGUUUAUUUUAAUAAGGUCAGUGGAGGAAAGUAUGUUUCUCGUGCUCUCCUGGCUGAUCUGGAACCUGGUACGAUGGAGAGUGUCCGCGCAGGGCCCUUCGGCCGAUUGUUCCAUCCUGACAAUUUCGUAUUUGGUCAAAGUGAGGCGGGAAAUAACUGGGCCAAAGGUCACUAUACUGAAGGUGCUGAACUUGUAGACUCAAUUUUAGGCGUGAGAAAGGAAGCUGGGUCUUGUGAUUGUCUACAAGGUUUCCAACUAACUCAUUCACUUGGCGGUGGUACCGGCUCAGGUAUGGGGACGCUGUUAAUUUCAAAAAUUCGAGAAGAAUAUCCUGACAGGAUUAUAAAUACAUUCUCUAUAGUCCCAUCACCCAAA